AUGCGUUUCACAUUCAUCGUUCUCUGUACCAUUGCACUGCUUCUCAGUUUAACGACAGCAGUUCCCAUUCAUAAUCGUCGUACACAACGUGGAUUAGUUCCGGAUUUAAGUGGUUUAAGUGGUCUAUUUAGCGGAACCUUCACACCCGUUUGUCUAUUUUCGCCCUGUAAUGGUCCAUCAUUUUUAUUCCCUGAAAUUGAUUGGGAUGCAUUACAUGCAAGUAUUGCUCAAUGGACUGAAGAAAAUGGACAUUUAUUACAAGCAAAUAAGUAA